AUGGCCGCGGCUGCGGGGAGCGGCGGCAUGGUGAAGCACCUCGUCCUCGCGCGGUUCAAGGAGGAGGCGAUGCCGGAGGCGCUGGACCAGCUCAUCCGCCGCUACGGCGGCCUCGUCCACGCCGUCCCCUCCAUGAAGGCAUUCCACUGGGGAACCGAUGUGAGCAUAGAGAACAUGCAUCAGGGGUUCACGCACGUCUUCGAGUCCACCUUCGAAAGCACGGAGGGAGUCAAGGAGUACGUUUACCACCCAGCACACGUCGAGUUUGCAACUGAUUUCUUGGGUUCAACGGAGAAAGUCCUCAUAAUCGACUUCAAGCCGGCAGCGGUCAACUAA